AUGCAACGCAUGCAGCAGCAAUCCAAGUGCAAGGAUCUGCUGCUUCCAGAUUUGGCACUGCAGCAAACCCUCGAAAAGCCACGCCCUCCAGCAGCACGGGGGGGCUUGGGCCUCGUGUCGCUUGCUGCGCGCAGCAGCAGCAGCAGCAGCAGCAGCAGCAGCAGGGGUGAGAGCAGCAGGUGCGGCCAAAGCGGUACCAGCAAGGAACGCCUACACGAGUAG